CUAAAAACAGACACAUAAUAAUACACCAUGUCCUCCCCACUACCAUAAAGUACAUGGUAGAGAGCGAGAGAGAGAGAGAGGAAGAGGGAACGGGAUGGACCAUAAAAUCGACACCCUCGCCACCCUCCACAACUGGACCCAAGGCACUCCAUCCCUGUAUCCUUUCACGGGCAUUAUCCAACUGUACCUGGCGGAGGAGAUCUCGGUAGUGACGGCUGUAGGAGAGAUCAGUGCGUUUGUGGAGAAGAGGGGGGAGGGAAUAGAUGAAUGCGUCCACGACCUAUGGGCCAGUAUUCUGCACGCGGGGAGAUGUCUACCCUGCACGAAUAUCAUGGUGUCAUCAGCUACUACUGCUGAUAGAAGUAUCACGUCCAAUGGUCAUGGUGACAAGCCGGGAGAAAAGAUGAUUAAGAAAGAGACUAUCGAUACAGAUAUCUCCCAUCAUCAAACACCCACCCCGUCGCAGAAGAAACUGAUUGACUUGAUGCAUGCGAUAAAGAAUAUGCCGGAUGUGCAUGUGUAUGUUCGUGCGAGGACGAAGUCGAGGUAUUCUUAUUCUUUUUAUUCUGCUUCGCAGAGAGGUGGUGGGAGGGAGAGGUAUAGUUCUCAUGGUGGUGGUGGUGUUAAUGGGGAUAUCACUGAGAAGAAUGAGAAUGGGAAUGGGAAUGAAGAGCAUGGAGGAGGAGAAGAUGAAGGAGAAAGUACUGAAGAAGAAGAACUAUACCACCCGUCAUUAGGUGUAUAUCUCGAUGGAACGGUGGGCGGGUCGCAUUAUAUUCGCCAUUUACAUGAUUCUGUGGCUACGCCUGUUCCACAACCACCACCUCCUAUACCAUCAGAACCAGGGAAGAACACCAACACCAACACACCCCAAAAUCAAAAUCAAAAUCAACCUCAACCUCAACCCCAAGAAACAAUCAGACCCCAACCGCCCAAACUCCCCUCCUCAGCAUCCGAAUCAACAAUCCGACCCACAAAAACCAAGAGUCUAGUAUGGGCCUACCUACCACAUUUCCGAGACGUGGUAGGAUCAAUAUUCACUGAUUUUGGAGAUGUGCUCGGGAUGCAGCUGCACCCUUUUCCACAUACACAUACACAUCAACACCACCAAAAAUGGCACCCGAAAGAUCAAGCCAUUCUCCACCAAGCAUGGCUCAACUUCAUCACAUUCCUCGCAUUUCUCGCUAGAGAAGGGGUAUUACAUUCCCCUAGUGAUUCGGAUAAUUAUGCGUAUGGGUUUGAUGAAUAUGAUUGGGGAUUCGAUCAUCAUGAUAAUCAUAAUGAGGGUGGGAAUGGGGAGGAGGAUGAAAGCGACGGGGUCGGAUCAUGGAUCGAUGAUCUUGCGGUUUCGUGUCUUCGGGUACUUGAUAAUCUUCCACAUCAUCAACAUCAACAACAACCUCACAAUCAUCAACAACCUCACAAUCAUCAACAACCUCACAAUCAUCAUCAGCAGCAUGAUAAGAAUGAUCAUCUACAAAACAACACCCAAAUCCUCACAGCAACAACCUUCGCCCUUCUCUACGGUGAACAUCUCUGGCGGAGACGUGGGAUUCGUACUCCUUCUCUUCCUUCCCCUCCUCACCAUCCACCAUCUUCUGAAGAAAACCCAAAAGAAGAAAAGGAGAAAGAGAAAGCGAAAGAGAAACAGAAAGAGAAUGAUAACUACAUAGUAGCAGGCCUCACCCUCGAUGAAUUCGAAUCAGGGUCUGUAUCUACUUCUACGUCUACCUCUGCGGCGAAUUCUCCGCCUUUGGCUGUAUCACCACCACCAGAUGGUGGAGAUGGGAGUGGGGAUAGGGCUAGGGGAAGGUUUCUUACCAGGAAGACCUGGGAAGGGUGGAUUCGAAGGUUCAAUGAACUUGCUGGGGAUGUUGGCCCCGGGAUCGGGAUCGGGAUGGGGUUGUGGGAUGGGACGAGGGAGGGGGCGUGGUUGGCCGGGGAGGUGUUGAGGAGGGUUAUUUCUAUUACAUAUAGUGGUUGA